GAGACAAAAGUUUUAAAAAUUAAAGUAAUACCUUUAAUCAUUUAAUCUCAGUUGUUAUUCAUAUAUUUUAUAUAGUUAUUAUUACAGAAAUAUUGGAUAUGAAACCAUAUAACAUUUUUGUAUUUAUUAUUUUAUGCAAAGAUUUCUUUAUUUUGGAAACGGAUGCAAUUAGUUAUACUACAUUUCUCGAAAGAGAACAAAAAAAACACGGCGAUUUACUAAAAACUACAGACAUUGAGGAAUUGAAAAAACAUUGUCAGGAUAAUAAUUUACCAACAAAUGGUAAAGAGAUCAUCAUGUUUUUACAUAGUGCAAUGUUUAAUGUGGAUAAAGCUUUACAGUAUAUGAUAUCUAAUUAUCAAUAUCGAAAUAAAAUACCUGAGUUUUUUAAACCAAAAAAUCCAUUUUCAGAGGAAAUGAAAGAGGUCCAGAAAACAAUGAGUUUUUCUAUUGUAUCUAGAAGUAAUGCUGAGGUUCAUAUAUAUAGUCAACUGAAAAAUACCAAUUAUAAGAAUUUUAAGUUUAUACCAACUAUUAAAUACCUUUUUAUGGUAAUUGAAUACAUAAUAGAAACACAAGGAACUGUUGAAAACUUCAUUUUUACAUUUAAUACUAAAGGUAUAGGAUUAUGGCAUAUUGGAAGGAUUCAAAAAAAUAUUGCUAUUGAACUGUUAAAUUUUUUAAAAGGAAGUUUACCAAUAAGAAUUAAAGGUAUAUAUAUUGUUAAUGCAGGAAAAUUAACAAGUGCAUUUUUGUAUUCCUUGAUAAAUUUGAUGCCAAAUAAUGUCACAAAAAAAGUGAAAGAAAAGGUACAAUUCUUUAAUCAAAAAGAUAUUUUUAAGCAUGUUCCAAAAAAUAGCAUACCGUCAGAAAUGAACGGACAAGGAAAAUCUUAUAUAACAUUGUCUGAUGAAACUUAUAAUGAAAUUUGCGAAUGGUUUUUAGAGAAGAAAAAAUGAAGCAAUUCUCAUUUAUCAACUUUUAUUUAAAGUCUAUAUAGAUAAAAUUUUAAAUGCAGUAAAUUAUUAAA